AUGGUCGGAGUGGGAGGGGGGGUGCCUACCAAGAAUGUUGAUAUCCGUCUAGGCGAUGUAGUCGUUAGCACGCCUACGGGAACAUUUGGCGGUGUGGUCCAGUACGACUAUGGGAAAAUGUGUCAGCAGGGCUACUUCCAGCGCGCGGGCUCACUCAAUAAACCCCACGAGUCUCUGCUGGCUGCUGUCUCCCAGAUACGCUGCGACUAUAUGCUGCAGGAGUUGCUGCUUGGCAAGAUAAUGUUCAGUGUUUUGUAG